AAGUAUUUGGGUGAUUUGGGCUCCUUAUCUCGGUUUGGACUCAUAGACACAAACAAACACUACCGGGCGAGGUGACGCCCGAUUAAAUCUUAAAUAAAUUGGUUUUAUUUCGUUUUGGCGUCGUAAUAUUACUCAUAUUACAUAGUUUUCGCCUGAAACUAUAACAAUAAAACAUAUACAAUACGUUUUACUACCGCUAAUAUUAAAAUUUUGAAGUACAGUUAGAUAUUCGUCACCGAGCGCGGGAGUAUCAAACUAAACUAAUCACACGGGCUCACAUUAAUUCAACUCUGGCUUCUAGUGAAUCAAAAAUGGUGUCUACAAGAGGAGUACGUUACAAAUUCACUGAGGGUGAACGUGUUUUAUGUUAUGAACCAGAUCCCACAAAAGCUAAAGUCCUGUAUGAUUCAAAGGUAUUAGAAGUGAUAGAAAGCAAGGACAAACGGGGCAGGAGAUCAGUGGAAUAUCUGAUACAUUUUCAAGGCUGGAAUUCCUCAUGGGACCGAUGUGUGAGCGAGGAUUUUGUGUUAAAGGACACUGAAGAAAACCGGCAGCUACAACGAGAUCUUGCUGAGAAGUCACAAUUGCAACUGGGCGCCUACUUGUACCGGCGCGAGCGCAAGAAGGGCAGCGGCGCGGGCCCGGCCAAGCGCGCGCGCCACGGCUUCAGCGACGACGGCUCCUCGUCCAGCACGCAGCCCGACGGUGAGCCUGCGACUAGCGACCAUAACAGUAGCCGAGGAAUGCCUACUAAUCACAUGCCUUCAGAUGGAUCGACGGGUGACACGGACUCGUCCAUUGGCUCGGGGUGCAGCAGCCCGCACUCGCCGCCGCCGCACCAGGGCCGCGCGCACAUCACGCUGCCCUCCGCACUCAGGGAUCGCCUGACGUUCGACUACCACCUGGUGGUGAAGCGGGGCCGGCUGUCGCGGCUGCCGGCGGCGCCGAGCGCGGCGCAGGUGCUGGAGUCCUUCGUCAAGUGGUUCGCGCGCGCCGGCGCCUGGCACCCGCAGCGCCCCAGACACGAACCCCCCAUGAAACCCGACUUGCGCGACGUCUCCUGCAGAUUGAACCUGGUACGCGAGGUGGCGGACGGGCUGCGCGUGUACUUCGACUUCGUGCUGCGCGCGCAGCUGCUGUACAAGCAGGAGCGGCAGCAGUACCACGAGCUGUGCGGACAGUUCCUGCACGAAGAUGAGACAGAGGAGGAGGAACUGAAAUCCGAGGUGGAAGAAGAAGAAGGCGCGUGUACGGAGACGGCGGCGGGCGAGGGCGCGGACAAAGAGGAUCCGGAGGACAUCAAGAGCCCGAAGAUACCCGAGUACUCGCACUUGCCGCCAGACCCCACCGAGGCGGACGCACCCACAGCAGCAGAAGAGCAGUCCAACAAUCACGAGGAGCCAGCGGGUGCUAGCGAGGAAGCCAACAAUGUCAACAACGCGAGCAACAACAAGGAGCCCGCCAAGAGCGAGCCGAGCGCCGACGAGGCCGACGGCAAGCGCGAGGCGCGCCCCGCCACGCGCAGCGGCAACAUCAACCGCCGGUUGCGGUCGCACAAGUCGGCGGUGUCCCAGUCGGAGAACGAGGAGCCCGCGCCCUGCACGUCCACCGGCGAACAGCGCGCGUUCGAGACUCUCUCAUCCAGCGUGGGCAGCAGCGGGUCGUCGCUGAGCGAGUGCUGGGCGCGGCCGGCGCAGGAGCCCGCCGCGCCGCCCACGAGGACGCCGCUGUCUCUGCUGCUCGAGAAGGUGGCCAAAUGGCAGAUAAUCCCUCGAGAGGGCACCGAGCAUCUCCCGUGCCGGGUCUACGGCGCCAUACAUCUUGCUAGACUCUUUGUGAAAUUACCAGACUUCUUAAAUGCAACGCAGAUGCCAGAUUUCAAAUUGAAACUCAUCCUAAAGCAUAUUGAUAUGUUUGUCCAGUACUUGGACGAGCACAGUGAAUGGUUCGGAGAGAUGUACUACAUAGCGGACAACGUGUCGCGGUCACAUUGAACAUAAUUAUCUACGUACUUUCAUCUAAAUAAUUACAUACACAGUUGCAACUUUUAUGUCAAGAAGUUGAUAUGUACGAUAUUUUUUUACAUUCAAAGCAGAUUCUUAAUUAAUAUGUAAUACUUUAUGAAGUUUAUGGUGGUUUUCUAAUUAUGAAUCCUUGGAUUCAACAGAAAAGAAAUUACAUUAUAAAGACUGCCUAUGUCCCAUAUUAAGGGUGGUAUUCCACCUGUCCAAUAUCUUGGUCCAACGUGUAUUUGCGUCUCAUAUUUUUCAUAAUGAGAGAGUGAGAUGCAAUGCACAUUGGACCAAGACAUUGGACAGUUGGAAUACCACCCUUACAUGAAAAUCGGUAUCCCAAAUUGUUGUUUCAGUGCAUAUAGUUACCUACAUAAGGUAACAGUGACAAGCGAGUUACAGUCCCAGUCUUGAGAACCUAAUUUGUUCGAUACUAUCUUUAUCAUGACUAAAAAGCUGUGUUAAAAUGUUCUAGUCUUCCACGUAAUUGAAUAUGUGCUCGUAUCUGUAUAUGAUAUUUUCUGUUGGUCACCAAUAUCAUCAGCAAAGCUUUAAGAUGAUGAUGCAAUGAUUUCGCAAACAUUGUUUAUUUUUAUCUUAGUGAUUUGGCUAAUGGUUAAUCAAUUAUUACAUUUUUUUUGUGUAAUAGAUUUACAUGCCUUUUAUGACAAAACAGUAUGGAAUUAUGUAUUUCAAUUGUAAUACCAUUAACAUUAAAUUAUCGAUUCUAAAGGUGGCCACUGACGAGCCUUCCAACAGUCCUGCACUGGCUGGCGUAGCUGCAAUCCAAAAUCGGUCCGUGAAUGUAAAAAACGUACAAUGUUUAAUAUUAGGAUGCCGUCCAUUUGGAUGAAUCCAUUGUAACGGCCUCCAUUUGGAAGGCUGGUUAGUGGCCUGCUUAAAAGCGUUGUAACUGUAAGAAAAAAUCAUGCAUCGAAUUUGACAGCUGAUAUUUUUUGUGUCGUGGUAGGUAUAUUGAUUUGCCUAUGCCAAUACCCGAUACCUACCAAUAUGUUUUGUGACAUCGUUUUGUUUACCUCUAGUUAAUAUAAUACAGUAAAAUUAUACAUUUUGCGUUUGCGUCAAAUCCGGUAGUUCUGAUUUUUUGCAGGCUUGUUUAUGAUGUUGGCCCAAUGAAUAAUCCAAGUUUGUGACCUCGAGCGCUGAACGCAACUUUGUCCAAAAUCGAAUAAACCGCAAUUUUUUUUAGAUUUGGGCGAUUAUAACCCUAAAGUACUAGUUUUUGAUAGUAACUUCCUAGGGCGUUUUUAAAGUAGACUAAAUUUGCUACAAUAAGACACCAGAAUUGUCUCUGUACAUCUAAUAUUUUCCGAGAUAAAGCCUUUCAAAUUUUAUAAUUUUACAUCAGUUCUUAGCUAUAAUAUGAGGGUUAUGUAUGUAAUUUAUAUGGAAUUCAUCACCGCCACGUUCUACAAACUAUUUAUUUUCCAUAAAAAAAUGUAUGAGUGCCUAUUUUGCUAAAAAUAUUUCUUUUUGGAAAAUAAAUAUUUAGUAGAACGUGGCGGUGAUGAAUUCCAUAUAAGUUACCUAUCUAACCCCUAUAUUAUACCUAAGAACUGAUGUAAAAUUAUAAAAUUUUGAAAGGCUUUAUCUCGGAAAAUAUUAAAUGUACAGAGACAAUUCUAGUGUCUUAUUGUAGCAAAUUUAGUCUACUUUAAAAACGCCCUAGGAAGUUACUAUCAAAAACUAGUACUUUAGGGUUAUAAUCGCCCAAAUCUAAAAAAAUUGCGGUUUAUUCGAUUUUGGAUAAAGUUGCGUUCAGCGCUCGAGGUCACAAACUUAGGUUAUUCAUUGGGCCAACAUCAUAAACAUGCCUGCAAAAAAUCAGAGCUACCGGAUUUGACGCAAAAGAGCCAGGUUACAAAAUUCGACAAAGUUACUGUAAUAUAAAUAUUAAGAGCAAACUUA